GAGCCGCCGCCGCCUCCAGUCUCAGUUACGCACCGGUUAUGCGCGCAGGUACCCGGAGCCCAGUAGACACGCUUUCCGCCGCUGCGCCGCGCUAUUAACCAACCUUUUUAAAGGACUAAUAUGAAAGAAGUGGAUGUAGAGGUCUGACAGAGCCAAGAAAAGGAGGCACAUUUGUUGUGGAUCGUUCCUGUUUUUUCCAUCCCCGAGCGUCAGCAUGGAUGUCUUGGCGAACCACAGCAUCUUUCAGGAACUUCAGCUGGUGCACGACACCGGCUACUUCUCUGCCAUGCCGUCGCUGGAGGAGAACUGGCAGCAGACUUGCCUGGAAUUGGAACGUUAUCUGCAGACGGAGCCCAAACGCCUGUCGGAGCUCUUUGACCAGGACCUGGACGGCCUCCUAACUCCGGCUUACCUGAAGGAGGAUGGAGAGGAAGAGCUGUCAGACUCUCUUCUCCCCAGUCUGCCCCGCCUCCCUGAGCCCCCCAGCCCCCCGCCGCUCAUCCUGUGCCCCACACGGAAGAACUCCCCCACCUCCGAGACCAUGACGCGAGAUCUCAAGCUCAAAGUGCAGGCGUCGGAAAGCACGGAGGGAAUGGAGGGCGUCCACCAGGCCCAGCUGAGCGCCGUCACCUCCCUGACUCCGCCGUCAUCGCCAGAGCUCGGCCGGCACCUCGUCAAACCCAACCAGACCCUGACGGCCUCGGCCGACGGGACCCUCACCCUGAAGCUGGUAGCCAGGAAGGUGGGGCUCAGCGCCGCCCGGUUGGUGGCGGGGCACGCGCUUCCUGUCCGGAUGAAGGACGAAGAAGAGGGCGCGGCGUGCGUGAUCGGGGUCGGGGAGCUACCGGAGAACAAGAAGAGGAUCCACCGCUGCCAGUUCAACGGCUGCAGAAAGGUGUACACCAAGAGCUCCCACCUAAAAGCCCAUCAGAGGACACAUACAGGUGAGAAGCCAUACAAGUGCUCAUGGGAGGGCUGCGAGUGGCGAUUCGCCAGGAGCGACGAGCUGACGAGGCACUACCGCAAACACACCGGCGCCAAGCCUUUUAAGUGCAACCACUGUGACAGGUGUUUCUCGCGGUCGGAUCACUUGGCGCUGCACAUGAAGAGGCACAUCUGAGGAAUCUGAAAGAGAGGUCAGCGGGAGUGGAAGAGAGUGGAAGAGCCGGGAUGGAGCGAACUGCAGGAAAAUAACACAGAGAGGCUU